AUGAACCACUUCGCUACUGCAUGUUUAGCAAAAGGUAAGAACAAUCCUCAGAAAAACUGUAAUGUGGUUGAAAUUGAUACAGAAGAUGAACUUUUCGUCGGAAUGAUAAGUGAAAGUCUGGAUGUAAACAAUGUCGAGAAUUCAGAGUGGGUAGAAACUGUAGUUGUCAACGAACACCCAGUAACAUUUCAGUUAGAUACAGAGGCCAAAUGUAAUGUGUUGUCGAGGAGACUGUAUGAAAAGUUGAGCAACAAGCAACUACAGCCAUGUAAAACACCGCUACGUUCAUAUUCAGGGCAUCAGAUAAAGUGUAUCGGAACAACACAUAUGAUGUGUUCCUAUAAAAACAAGCCUGAACAGAAAGUACAGUUCUAUGUUGUUGACAUGAACGCUCAAGCAGUAUUAGGAGCUUCUACUUGCCAGGAACUAGGUCUCAUUAAACGGAUACACUCAAUACAAACUUCAGCAGGAAAAGUACCCGCAGGGAUUGAUGAAGGAUUCGAGGACCUAUUCUCAGGACUAGGAUGCUUGCCAGGAGAGCACUCCAUUAAGCUUGAUAAAUCUGUUACGCCAGUAGUACACCCCCCAAGGAGAGUACCUAUAUCGCUCAGAGAUAAAGUCAAAGAUGAACUGGACCGCAUGGAGAACCUGGGAGUUAUAGUAAAACAGGAAGAACCCACUGAAUGGGUUAACUCCCUUGUGACAGUCCUGAAACCUAAUGGGAAACUGAGGUUAUGUAUUGACCCGUGUGAUCUGAAUAGAGCUAUACAACGAGAACAUUUUCCACUCAAAACUAUUGAGGAGGUGGUUUCAAGGAUGCCCGGAGCUAAGAUUUUCAGUAAAUUAGAUCUUACUUCAGGAUUUUGGCAGUUAAAAUUGGACGAGUACAGCUCAAAGUUGUGUACCUUUAACUCUCCAAUUGGAAAGUACCGGUUCACCCGGCUGCCCUUUGGAGUCAAGUCAGCCCCCGAAGUAUUUCAACGGGUAAUAACAGAAAUGGUAUCAGACCUUGAAGGGACAGAAGCCAUAGUUGAUGAUAUAUUGGUAUGGGGAACCACCAAAGAGGAACAUGAUCACAGGCUACAGAGAGUGCUGGAACGGGCACGUGAGUACAAUGUAAAACUUGGCCAAGACAAGUGUGUAAUAGGUCAGACAGAGGUCACCUAUGUGGGACAUUUAUUGACUAAGAAUGGGGUGAAACCUGACCCCGAGAAGGUGAGAGCAGUACAAAAUAUGGAGAAACCAAUCAAUGUAAAAGAGCUCCAAACCCUAAUGGGUUUCGUGCAGUACCUACAUAAGUUUUUACCAAGACUAGCAGAGGUCAGUGCACCACUACGAAGUCUUCUUGAGAAAAAGACUGAAUGGCAUUGGGAGAAACAACAGGAAGAAGCGUUUCAAACUCUAAUACAGAUGGUUUCAGCUGCACCUGUACUACAGUUCUAUGAUAGCAGUAAACCACUUACCCUCUCAGUGGAUGCCAGUAGCAAAGGGCUAGGUGCUGUUCUGGUACAAGAGGAAAAACCGGUCGCAUAUGCCUCGAGGGCACUCACCACUACACAGCAAAAAUACUCACAAAUAGAAAAAGAAACGUUGGCAAUUCUGUUUGGUUGCGAGAAAUUUCAUGAAUACGUGUAUGGGCGACAAGUUACCGUGGAGUCAGACCACAGACCCCUACAGGCAAUAUUCAAAAAACCAAUUCUACAAACACCUCCGAGGUUACAGAGAUUGUUAUUAGCUAUGCAACGUUAUGAUGUGGAAGUCGUUUACAAGCCAGGAAAGCUCAUGUUUUUAGCAGACCAUCUGAGUCGUGCAUACUUGAAAGAAACAAAAGAAGUUUUGGUUCCAGACUUACAGGUUAAUGAAAUUCAUCUGACUGCAUAUUUACCUGUUUCACCAGAAAAAUACAAACAACUCAAAGAGGCUACAGCUACAGAUGAUGAGUUACAGAAGUUACAGGAUAUUGUUCUGUACGGAUGGCCAGACAACAAGGUGGACGUACCAGCUGAGCUACGUUCAUAUUGGACCUUUCGCGAUGAAAUAUCGUGCAUUGAUGGGCUUAUGUACAAAUCUCAUAAACUCGUAGUGCCCAGGUCUAUGAAAAAAGAAAUGUUGGACCUUAUUCACUCUUCUCAUCUUGGUGUAGUGAAAUGUAAGAACAGAGCAAGGGACAUACUGUUCUGGCUAGGCAUGUCACGAGAAAUUGAGGACCGAGUCAACUCGUGA